AUGGCUUUUUUCUGGAAACUUUCAUUGGUUUCUGCUGUUCUACUUGCUUUCAGCUUGAAUAAAGUUGGAGCGAGCUACGCACACAGUGAUUACAAACUUCGCGAAGUAAUUGAACCAGUCAAAGAAUUGACUCUUGUCAACAAUUCCAAUUCAUAUCCGGAAUUCACGCUUCAUGGUCAGAUUUAUUGCAACAAGUCACCGAUUGACGGGGUUCGACCAUUCAUUGAAUCAGAUUUGAGACCUGAAGGGAUUCUUGCUAUUGACACCACAUCCCACGGAGGGCUCUAUAGAUUGACAGCCAGCGUUGAGUACGAAAAACAAACAAAAACUUGGCUUGUUAUCCGUCAUCAAUGUCCCAUCGAAUCAAUUCCUCCAAUGAAACAAUGUGCAACACCAUACUAUUGGACUGAGAUUAGCAUUGAUCUUGAUCGAGUGAUUCCUUCUCUCUCCGUAAGUAAACCUGACGUGAUAAGUGAUGCAAUGAGUAACAACAUUUUCCGUUCUAUGUUCUACUGCUAG